UGGACCAAGAUGGCUAAAUUGGAAGACGAAAAUGUGUAUGCUAAUGUUGCUAUGACUUGUCCAAACCAAGGUUUGAAGCUUGUUCGUGCCCCACAGAGGAGGUCAAAGGUCACAGUGGAGAGAGCGGCUCUGGUGGUGCUCAGUCUGCUGCUUUUGGCUGUUGUUUCUGCUCUUAUUGGAGUCAUCACGUAUUAUAACAGCCUAUCCAAAACCACCUCUGAAGCAACAACAGAAACUACGAUUGCCACAGAAAUACAAACAACUCCAGGACAUACAACAGCAGCAGUUUCAACAUGCAGCAGUGUGGCCCAGUGUGAUGAGGACUGGGAACUUAAUGGUACACAGUGCUAUUAUUUCUCUAACAGAAGCCUCCAACUAACCUGGACCAGCAGCAAAGACAAGUGCCAGAGCAAAAGAGGAGACCUGAUCAAGAUAGAGAGCAGAGAGGAACAGGAAUUUCUGGAUGGUAGAGUUCGUCUGCUGAUGGAUGCCAAGGAUGAGAAAUUUUGGAUUGGACUGACAGACUCACAGACAGAAGGGGAAUGGCUGUGGACCGAUGGCUCUCCACUGAACCAGAGUUUAGAAUUUUGGACAAAAAAUGAGCAUAACACUGAACCAGACAACUGGAAAGAAGAAGAUGUGGAUGGAGAAAACUGUGCGAUUAUAGGAGAGAUCAUGUUCAUAAAUGGGUUAAAGUCUUGGUACGAUAAUUCGUGCAAAAAGAAGUACAGGUUUAUCUGUGAAAAAAAAGCCACAAGAUCAGCUACAUGCAGCUAGAAAUACUUCCUUAUGGUAGUUCUAACAGAUAAUUAAUUUAGACGUAGCAUGUAGCCUUUGUGUUCAGCUUUGAUUAAAAAGGAGUUUUUUUGGGGCACCGCUCCAACUUACAAUGGAACAUUAAAAUGAUUAUGUCUAUGAGUGUAGCUAUAAUAGUUUACCAACUCUUUAUACAAUUCAUUUUAUUGGAACGUUGUUGACCCUAAACAGACAGCAUUUGAAUAUGAAGUAUGCAAAUGUGCAAUCAUUGUAUCAGCAGCAUGAAACCAUUAUUUGAAUAAUUACUCCAAUUUGAAAACACAGUGUAUCAAAAAGGUGGCGUGAAUAUGAGAUAAAGGUGUGGUUUAGUCUAGGCUUGUGUCUAAAGAUUGGAGAUUAGGGGCCUCAGUUAUCAUUCCAUGUGCAAAACCACGAGUACACAGUACACUGAAAAAUAACUUGCACAAUCUGUGGUCAUGUGUUACGACCCGGGUGGAUCAAACAUAUUAAAAAGGACACAGGAGUCAAACAGGUUACAAAAAGUAAAAUAGUUUAUUUUAAGUUAAUUUCAAUUUACUUUAAAAUACCAGAACCCCCUCCCGUGCCCAAAACAAAGUAACAACAGAAAGGUAGACCUGAUGAGCCAAACAGAACAAAAGGAUGCGACACCGGGUCAACCCUGUACAGGGCCGUAGAAGCCGGUGCCGACAUCACUAACCUAAAACCAAAACUAUCCCCAAACCAACCUUAUCAAACAAAAGAUGAAAACAGGACAGCCGGUCCCACCAGGUUAAACACAAAAAGGCUAAGUGCAGCUAACAGGUGUGGAGCAGCCUGCACUGAGCAAUAUCAAAUGCCCUAUAGGUGUACAAAUGCAGCAACUAUCCUGUGUAAAAAGUCUGUACCUGUCUCUCCAACAUACUGUAUUAUCACAGUUUUUGCUCUCAUAGUUAUGAUAAAUCUAGAGGCACAACUUCAUUUGCAUUUCCUUCACUUCCUAUUUAGCAGAUGUCAUUCACUCAUAGAAGCCAAACUGCGCAGCGCCUUCUUUCGUGUCUCUGAGAGAAAUUGUGUUGGGUUUUUGCUCCACUUAUAGCGUGUUUAGCUGCACAUGAGCAAACACUUGAUAAAUGAGGCCCUAGGUCAAACUUUUCAAGAGUUAUCUAAGGUUGUGUGUUGAAUUUAAUGUUAAGUCUAGGAUCACUUGCUAGAUGCCAACUCUGUGAGGUACACCUUACAGACCAGGGAGAUAUUAGUAACUAUGUCAGGUUGAAGAAACGCUGUAUCCUCUCAUUAAAGGGGAGGAGAAGUUUCUAGUGUCCAUGAGGUCUGAACAGCAGCCCAGGUCACAGAAUAAGGCCAAUAACACAUUUUACAAUAAAUGGUAUGUUUAAAUUGUUUAAGUUGUUAGUAUGAGAGUGAAAUACUUCAACCAGCUAUAGACUGAUGUCCCUUAUUUCUCAGGUUAUGGGGUUUGAAUCAGCUACACCCUGGAGUGCAUCCUGCUGCCUUACCUUCACCUUUUUGUUCCUUCUUGCCCUAAUGUCAAACUGAACUUUAAAAUAUAAAUCUUGUAAUGGAAUGACUGGACAGUAAUUGUAAUCUGUGAACAAGA